AUGAUAUCAUUAUGCACUUUAAAUUAUCAAAGAUUUGAUGUAGGACAUGAAAUGGAUAACAGAGGUUUACCUGAGAUGGAAGAUCUUUAUGCUCCGAGAAAACCAGGUGAUGAAUUUUUAACUGUGGAUACUUCCAAGAC